UGCGUCAUAGCGCUGGGCGUCAACCACGUAAUUUAUGACGUAGAAGAAGAAGUCGGCGGAUUCCCCAAACAUUGAGAGUCAUGGCGGAUUCUAUUGAGACUUUACUAGAAGAAAUCUCCGGCGUUGAAGAUCCAAUCGAAGAGCUCCAGUGUUUAAAAACGGCGUUAUUAUCGAUCCCUCUGCGGGCGCUGAGAGACGCAGUGAGCGGCCAGCGCUUCAAUGUGAUCUUCUCUCUGUUGCACUCAGACGACAGGGAGCAGGUUGAUCUCUGCGUGGUCAUCCUUGAACGCAUCUUAAUGUCCCUGGGCCCCGUGGCGCUGGCCCAGAGCUACAGAGUGGAGCUGCAGGGAGGCCUGACUCAUCCGAAUGAAACCGUUAAGAUACUGGCCUUGACGCAGAUUGGGAGAAUCGUGGAGCACCCCGACGCUGCCACAGAAAUCCUCAACAACCACGACCUUCUUGGAGCGGUGAUCCGCUGCAUUGGAGAAGAGAAGAUGGCCGUGGCCAAGCAGGCCAUCCAGUCGCUGUCCAAACUGAGUCACUCCAAGCCGGGCUUAGACAAACUGUUCCAGAGCGACCUGCUGAAGGUUAUGAAGGACGUGAUGGCCACAAGUGACAUCAUCAGAUACAGAAUAUAUGAGCUGGUGGUGGAAAUCUCGUCUAAAUCUCCCAUUUCCCUCGGUUACUGUGCCAAGAGCAGCUUCAUCGCUCAGCUGCUUGGAGAACUCACAGGAAAGGAUGUAUUGAUCCGAGCCACAGCCAUUGAGAUGGUGACCUCUCUCGCUCAGACUCAGCAUGGCCGCAAGUAUCUGGCCCAGCAGGGUAUAAUGGACAAAGCGUCCAACAUGAUCAGAGGAGCAGAGACUGACUCUCUCUCCUCCCUCUACCUUCCUGGUUUGGUGAAGUUCUUUGGAAACUUGGCCAUUAUGGACAGCCCGCAGCAGGUUUGUGAAACGUACCCGAUCUUCCAGAACAAAGUGUUUGAGAUGGCUCUGGACCCGGACCCUGCGAUGAUCGGCGUGGCUCUGGACACGUUGGGCUUACUUGGAGCUACUGUGGAGGGGAAGCAGGUCUUUCAGAAAACAGGGGAAAAGUUCAAGGCUGUGCUUUUAAGAAUGAGCCAGCACGCCAGCGCCGGAGCCACAGAGCUCAGAGUGCGCAGCUUGGACGCCAUAUCACAACUCCUCACUCUACAGCCCGAGCAGCAGACAGAAGACCUCUUGGCGCUGACUGAGUCCUGGUUCCACCUUUUGUCUAACCAGCCCAUGGAGAUGAUCCGCACCAUCAGCACGCAGCCGUUCCCAGAGCUGCAUUGUGCAGCCAUGAGCAUCUUCACUGCCAUUUCCACUCAGCUGUGGGGUCAGAAGUUAAUGAUCAGCACUCCCAGCUUCAUGGAGUUUGUUUUGGAUCGCUCUGCGGGUCAGACAAAGGAUGCGAAGGAUGCUAAGUUUGAACUGGUGAGGUCACUGGUGGGUUCAUCGACGGCAGCAGAGAUCCUGGGCAGCCAGCAUUACAUCCGUCUGAAGAGUUAUCUCCGGGAGGGACCGUACUACGUCUCAGCCGUGGCCGCAGUCUGCACAGAACGAGCAGAAUGAUUCAAACUCUCAGAUACACUUCGGGGGGGGUUCUGGUUAAUGCUUAAGUAAAUGGUAAGUGCCUGAGUUACUAACUGUGGGUUAUUAUACUCUGCUAUAAUAAACUCUCAUAAACACACAACCAGCUCUGAUAAAUCAGGACACGGAGCUCCGUUCAUUUAAACUUCCUGAGUUUUACAACAUAAAUUGAUAAAAAUGCUUCUGAAUAAAAUGCUACGUUUCCAAACAUG